GUCUUCUCUUGCGCUGUUUUCCUGACUGUCCUCUGCAUUUGCUUCCCCACAUGCCUUUGUGUGAAAGGGCACUGAAAUAGAAACCUGCCGAUAAUCACGGAAGAAAAAUGUCAGAAGUCAACAAAGGAAAGCGCAAGGAGAAGUGUGAGAACUGCACAAAACAGUGCAACAAGAAACAGAGUGAAGAUGAUGCCGACUCACGCACGGAGAUAGAUGAAGUCAAUGGACAGGUGCAAGAAGGCCCCCAGUUGCUGCUGAGUGCUUGUCUGUCCUGUGAUGGCUGUCUGUCAGAGGAGGAGAGUUUGAAGAUCACUCAGCAGAGCCUGGAGGAAGUGGAGCGGGUUCUGGCUCUCAAUAAGAGGUGUGACGUGUCAAAGCACAAGGUGCUGGUAGCAUCCGUGUGUCCACAGUCUCUGCCUUUCUUUGCUGUGAAGUUCGGACUGGACAUCACCGAGGCAACCCAGAAACUCUGCGGCUUCCUCAAGAGCUUAGGAGUACAGUAUGUGUUUGACACCACACUGGCGGCCGGCUUCAGCAUCCUGGAGAGUCAGAAGGAGUUUAUCCAGAGGUAUCGCAGGAGGCACCACGACUCCAGUGCCUUGCCGAUGUUUACCUCUUCCUGCCCAGGUUGGAUCCGCUAUUCCGAGCGUGUCCUGGGCAGUUUGGUCACCCCUCAUAUCUGCACAGCCCGGUCUCCUCAGCAGAUUAUGGGCUGCCUGGUCAAAGACUACUUCUCCAAACAGCAGCAGAAGCUGAGUCCAGAGAAGGUGUACCACAUGUUAGUGGCUCCCUGCUUUGAUAAAAAGUUAGAGGCUGUCCGAGAGGAGUUUUACAACAGCCUGCUGGAGACCAGAGAUGUAGACUGUGUCCUCACGUCAGGGGAGAUUUAUUACCUCAUGGAGCAGAGGAAGGUUUCAUUGGAGGAGCUGGACUCUGUUCCUCUGGACCAUGUGCUGGGAGAAGCUGGAGACCUGGCGCCGGUGAGAAAUGAAGGCCGAGGCUCUGAGGGCUUCCUGGAGCACAUCUUUAAACAUGCUGCCAAAGAGCUCUUUGGUCUGGAAGUCCAUGAGAUCACAUACAAGACCCUCAGGAACAGGGACUUCCAAGAAGUGACUCUGGAGCGGGACGGGGAAACUCUGCUGCAGUUUGCUGCUGUCUAUGGUUUUAGGAACAUCCAGACUCUGGUUCAUCGGAUGAGAAAGGGACGUGUGCCUUAUCAGCUUGUAGAGGUGCUGUCCUGCCCAGGAGGGUGCUUAAGCGGUCGUGGUCAGGCGGAGAGCGACGUGGUUGGCCGGGUGGAUAAAGCUCUAGUGCAACAAAUGGAGGAGGCCUACAGCAGCCUGCCGGUCUGUCUCCCAGAUGUCAACCCUGCCCUGCACACUCUCUAUCAGGACUGGCUGCAGGGCCAGGACUCUCCACAAGCCAGCACACUUCUGCACACCCAGUACAGAAACGAGAGUCAGGUCCACACACAGCCCCCACACAUGCAGUGGUGAGCAGAAAGACAUGAAGUUAACUGAAUGGAGGCUGUCUCUGGUCGAUUGGACCAUCACAUUGUCCAUGCUGGGACCAUAAAGGACAAGCAGAGGACCAGUGAAGAUUCAAAAGGUGCAGUUCUUCCAUUUGGCCACCGGAGGGAGAUGUGUGUAUUUAAAUCAGAGGGUCCUCUGUGCUGACUGCUGACCCUGUGACUAUAUGAUAAGAAGAGUCAGGAAAAACACACACUUCUGUUUUAUGCAGACUUAAGCAGUAAUGUCAGGAAGCUGCAGGUAAUGGCUGUCAAAAGAAAAGCCCCUAAUCCACGGGCUUUUGUGAGAAAUGAACUCUGUAGCCGGUGUGAACUAUUUGUCAAUGAAUGCACAGAGCAAUAAACCACUGACAAAUCAGCAAAGAAGAUUUAAGCACAUCGAGAGCUCAUGUACUGCACGUGUGGAAGCCAGACUUACAUUUAAGGAGUCUAAUUUAUUCCAAAUGUAAACUGUCCAGUAUUAAAUCUGUUGAUUUACUUUCCAGUCAAGUUUUCUCCACACUGUCAUCACACUUCUUGACGUCUAUGCAACAGUGUGAUCGUCGUAUCUCAACAGUCGUAUAAAAGACAUGCUGCUCUGCGAUUAAAGGAGAUAAAAAGAUUUUUAAUAGAACUAAAUAAGUAGAGGGAGGGCUUUAGCAGCCCAGUGUUUGGUUUAUCCAUCUCAGUAAAGAAUCAUAGUUUUUAUUUUAUUUUAAGGUGCAAGAUGACUUCCUUUACGUUGUCACUUCUGUUUCCAUUCCCAAACAAAUAUUCUUAUGAUAAGUGUUGUUGUUUAAAAAGAUCAAACAUGAAUGUGAGGUACUAAAAAUGUCCUAACAAAUUAAGCGUUUGUUCAUUUCAAUGUAGAAGCUGAACAAUGACAUGAAUGUGUGCCAAUAAAUCAAUCCUCAUCUCCUUAGA